AUGACUCCCGAAGAAACCCAAGGCGUCCUACAAAGUCUCGUCGCCCCCCUCCGUAACAAGAUCCCAAGCCCAAUCCUCCACCGUCCCAGCGAAGCCGGUCUAUCCUACACGGACGUCUUCUUCCCCUCCGAAGAUGGCAUACCCCUCGAAGCAUGGUACAUUCCCUGCCCCGGCUCCACCAAGCUUAUAAUCGCCAACCAUCCUCUCCGCUGCACCCGCUCCGGCUAUCCCCUACAUAUUGAGCCAUGGAAGGCAUUUCUCGGUGGUGACGCCACUGGCAAUAACUUUGAGUUGAAUUUUAUUCCGGACUUGAAGAUCUUGCAUGAUGCGGGGUAUAAUGUCCUCACGUAUGAUAUGAGGAACUCGGGGAUGAGUGGGAGUGCUAAUGGUGGUGUUACCGGGAAUGGUCGGUUGGAGAGUAGGGAUGUUGUUGGGGCGAUGCAGUAUGUGAAGAGUCGAGAUGAUCUCAAAGAUAUGACGGUCGGAUUAUUCAGUCGCUGUCUAGGCGGUAUCGCCACAUUCUUCGCCAUGGACCGUCGCCCCGAAAUCUUCUCAGACAUCCGUUGUCUUCUCGUCCCCGAACCUCUCUCCUACCGCUGCUUCGUCGAGAAAGCACUGGGCAUGUAUGGCCUGGACGACAAAUUCGACCAAGUCAACACGAUGAUCAAAAUGGAGACGAGUUUCGACAUUGAUGAAAUGUCGCCUAUUCCUGUUAUGGGGAGUGUCAAGGUUCCGACGUUUAUUUAUUCGGUGAAGGAUGAUGUUUUGACAAAGGAGGAGGAUGUGCAGACUAUGUAUGAUGGACUUGGUGUGGAGGAUAAGAAGUUGCUUUGGGUGGAGGGUACGGUUAGGGCGAAGGGGUAUACGUACUUUCAGGAGAAUCCGGAUGUGUUUUUGGAGUGGUUUGCAAAGCAUAUGGAGUAG